CACUUUUCCUUGCAACAAUAUUAAGUGUACUAUUAUACUAUGUCCCACUAUUCUUAGCACGCUUUAUUGAAAAAAAGUUCAAAAUACACGUAGGAUCUUUUGGGUUUCUUUCAUUGUCAGAUCUAUCUUACUCUGGAAGUACUACAGGUUCACCACGCCAACAACAUUCCUAUAAGUUAUCCGUCAAUAAAAUACAUUUACAAAUACGGCGGCCACAUAAUGGAUACAGGACAUGGGUUACGCUCACUAUCGAUGAUGUUAGUGUUGUUUUGUCCUCAAUACGAUUGUUCACCCAAUCUCAGUCUCGAAAGCUCGAACAUAAACGACAGCCAAGUUUGAUCAUGGCAGUACCACAAAAAGCGUGGUGGUCUUCUGUUUGGUUGGUUAAAUAUAUAAUGGCAAAAAUUUCAGCAAUACCGUUCCAAUUUGUCGUAUCCUGGAUAGCAAGUUGCGUUGACGUGAAUAUUACCAAUGUCGACGUAUUGGUUGAGGAUCUAGGUCAAUUUAAAGUAAAUGAAAUAACUCUUGGAAUGAUUCUUUUUGCUAAUGUUGAUUUAAAUCAAACGAAUCAGAGUCAUACAAAUUCUCAACAUUCCAUCAGAAAUAGACUUCAUUUAUUUACAAAUAAACUUCUCAGAAUCACACUUUCUUAUUCUUCAUUAUCUAUUCGAGAUAUAUCAUCUGCAAAAUUAUAUUUGAAUAAUCAAAAAAACGUAACAUCAGCCAUUGAGUUUCCAAAUAUGUCCACUAUUAUACUUUCUUGUUAUCUUUCGGCUGCCUGUACAUCACUUUUAGCUUUUGACAUUAAUGUGUCUUUUGAAGAUAUCAAUGUAUGUAUAGAUUCAAUCCUUAGUUUAAUCAAAUCUAUACAAGCAGCUAUACCGAAGAAGGUGACAAGAGGUCCCUCUGAAUCCCAAAGGUUUAGUCAGCCACAACUAGGCCAACGCAAAAAAACUUUCAAAAUGGCGUCCUUGUUAAUCGUUCGCAGGAUGCGAAUGGCUCGUAGAAAAAAGACACCAAUUGAGUUUCUUAAAACAUCUAAAGUCGACGUCAGAAAUAUAAAUAUAACGUAUAGUUUUUCCAAUUUGGAAAAUAUAAGUUCUGUGCCAAUAAGUACCAAAUUCACAAUCAUGGAACUCUCUGCAUCUCUGGAACAAAUAAUGGAACAAUCAAAUGAGUCUACGAUAAAUCCACCUCGAAAAUCAAUGCCUUCGCUUUUCUCUGAUGAUAUGCCCAACCCUUUAGAAUUAAAAAUGAACAUUUUACUCAAUGGUCUUUAUUGUGAUGUUACUGAUACUUCGGGAAUGUUCAGAAUGAUGCAGAUUUGUACGAUUUCAAGUGAGAUAACUUGUUCAAAACCUUUGGUUCGUACUGUUGAAUAUGACCCGAAUCUAUUUUUCUUUACUGGAAAAUUGAAUAUUGUUUCUCCAGAAAUAGCGUUUGAUUAUGGCCAUUUUGGUGUUAUUGAGAGUGUUGUAAAUUCUAUAAAUGUUGAAGAUUUUAAAGAAGAACGUACAUCUGUUCAAAUUAAGCCUACAGAAAAACAAGAAAAACAAAAAAAAUUGCAAAAUAUUCCCAAAUUGAUUGCAACGAUAUCUAUUGUUAACCCACUUAUAAAAAUCACCGAAAUUCCAUCAUCUAAUAUCAAGUCUGAUAAUUCGCAACUUAUUUUUGGAUUUCAAAAUAUUUUAUUUGAUGUAAACGGGGAUUAUACUGAUCUAAAUGAUUUGCCUACGGCAAAACAUAAUAGUACAGUGUCUAGACGAUAUAGCAAAGGUUGGAAGCCUCCAACGUUCUCUGUGGUAUAUAAUUUAAUUGCAAAUCUAAAGACACAGAGAAUGAGAUUAUACACAUUUGAGAAUGACCUAAUACUUAACCAUUCUUGGGAAAUUUACUUCAUCACAUCAGCCCUAGGCACUAUCACAAGCUAUAUCGAUAAAGAGGAAACAACAACAUAUACUCCUCUAUUAGAGUUAGAAACGAUUCAAAUAGAUAUCGGUUCACUAAUUGAUGGAAUGGAAAUACAAAUAUGUCAAAAAAAAACUUUUGAAUUGUUACAACGACUUAUCAAUACUAUGAUUAAUAUAAUUCCAAUAAAGGAUGCAAGUUCAAACCACCCAGUUCCUUCACCGUCAUCCAAUUCAUAUCAAUCGAUAAUAACGUAUUUUGAGGUUUUAUUAUUUCGCGUUUCCUUGUCUUCGUUGGGUAUAAGAAUUGCUGAAGUUGAUUCUCCAGUAGACUCUACAACGUCAAGAGGAUUUGACAUACGUCUUCAAGGAAUUACAUUUGAUCAUAGAGGUUCUAGAACUUCUAUUGAUCCAACUGGAGGUUAUAAUGAAAGAAUCGGCCUUGGACUCUCAACUGAUGAAGAUACUGAGUUUCGAUGUGAAACCGGCGGACGCGCCCGAGGGUUUAUAAGAGGUUUUAAUAUAACGCCCAUUAUGGCACUUUGGGAUAAAGAACUUUUAAAAAACACAGUCCCAUUGUUGUCCAUUCCAGAGAUUGAAAUUCAAAAUAAUUUGAGCGUUGAACGCACACACAAUUAUUCAUCCAAGUUAGAUGUGAAAGUUUCCGAAAUUCGUGUAAAAUAUUUAUUAUCAUAUCAUUAUUGCUGCCUGGUAGGCGUAAUGAAUAUAAUAAAAUUAUUACCGUUAUCGAUAAAAAAGAAGAAACAUACUGGCACAAUACCUUCUACUUCAAUGACAGAGAACGUUAGUUCGUUUCAAAUCGAGGCAAAUAUUCUAUUAAAUCAUGUUGACGUAUUUGUCGAUUUACCGGAUGACAUAAAACUUUUCAUUAGAUUGGAUGAUUCAAAAUACAGAUUUGCAUCUAUCGAUGAUCACGGAUUCCAUAUAAAAUGUUUACGGGCUUUUGGUACAAGUCCAAGUGAGGAAGGACUAUGGGAUGAGCUUGCAAAUAUUAAAAACGCACAGAUUUUACUUUUAAAUGAUGAUGAUACAAAACGAAAUUCUGCAAAGUUGCCUCUUGAUAAGAAUCAAAAUAAAAUUUUGAUACGAGUUCAGACAGAAGCCAUUCAUGUCCGUGUUCCAUACCAUUAUAUUCUUGCGAAUGUUAUUGAAAGUGCUGUUAAUUUAACUAAGGUAAUAAAACAUUUGCAAGAGCGUGUCUUCGUUCCUGAAAAUAUAUGUAUCAUAGAUCCGGAAGAGGAAGGGCCAAAAUAUUUGCCAACCAUUCAAGUUAAAGUUGGGAUUGUAACCUUCCAACUAGAAGAUGAUCCGUUUGAAGCAAAACUUUCUGCUAUUUGGAAACUUGGGUGUUUAGAACAACAGUCUAGAUUGGGAAGGGAAACAGCAUUUGAAGCAAAAGCUAAAGUCAUUAGGUCACAUGAAUAUCAUCAGAACACGAAUGGAGAAGGUGGAUUAGCAUCAAAUGACGCUAAUGUAUCAUCAUUACAGAAUGGUGGUCCUUUACGAUCUCAACCUACUCCACGAGCAAAUUUGAGCAUUGAUAAAGCACGUGUUGCCCUCAAUGAAUACAAUUCUCGAAAUUGGAUAAAGUGUGUGAAAACGUCAAUAUUACAACAAAAGUUCGAAUAUACAUGUGAUAACCUUCCUAUUCCAUUAGCCACGCGGUCUCGGCAUCCUGCAUUAUUUAGAAUUACCGUAGAGAAAAUUUCAUUGGUUCUUUCUGCACCCUUGUUUCCGAUGAGCGAAUUACCUCAUUACAUGCAUAAAAUGGGUAAAGGGUUACCUUUGGAUACUAAAUUUGCUUUUUUAGUACCCAUGCAUUUGAAUUGCAAGCUAAAUGAAGCUUGGGCCGAGAUUCGUGAUUAUCCUUUACCGUUAGCGCACAUCCCUUCGGCUAAUUCAAUUAAUGGUGAGGAGAAAUACUCAUGUGAUAUCGAAGGUCAUUUUGUAGUUGGUGAAGAAUUGAAAGGAGUUGAAUCAACAAGAAGAAUUGGCGUGCAAAUUAUUUCUCAAUUUAUUUGUGGUAAAGAUUAUGAUGUCGUCGUACCUCGUACGUGCACACCUCCAAAAUUAUAUUCUGAUCUUCAUAUCAGCAUAAGUUCACCACGUCCUACUGUCGUUUCGUGGGGUAUGGCUACACAGCCUGCUAUUCAAGAUCUUGCAAGAAUUUUUGAAAGUUUCUCAAAGCCAAAUCCGGAUCCAUCUGAAACCACUGGAUUUUGGGAUAAAAUUAGGCUCAUGAUGCACUUUCAAAUAUUAAUGGACUUUAAGGGUAACAGCAAUGUUCAGUUUUUCUCGAAAGGUUCACGAGAUCCUUACCAUAUUACUGGUUCAGGUGCUGGCUUUGUUUUAUGCUGGAGAAAAAACAUAGAAGUUAGAUUAGGAUUUGCAAAUGAACAAAAUGAACUACUACAAAUAGAAAGUGAAGAAUUCACUAUAGCCAUACCUAACCUAGCAGCUCUGGUUUCUUACGGAGGCUUAUUCCCUGAUAGUGCAUUAUUUGAAUCCCAAGAAGUGCAGAAUGAUGUUGCUAAAAAUCAGGAAACAAAUUCAAUUAAAACACAAGUUUCAUCUGAUUAUGUUCUAGUUUCAGAUAGUCCUUAUUUUAAAUUCUUAAUGAAAAUUAUGGAUCUUCGUGGUGGCGUUAGGUAUGGGAUAGGAUGUCACUUUAAUCGCAGUUGUCUCCUUAAUCCAGGGGUGUGUUCAACUUGUAAUGGGCAGGGAAAAUGUGUCUUUAAAGAUUUUAUUCCUCAUUAUCAAAUAUCUACAAUACUGCCGGAAUAUGCCACUGCGCCAAUAGGAGAAGUGCAUGAUUCCUUUAGAGGAUUUCGGUCAGAUAUUAUUCAUCUGUCAGUAAGCGUUACUUGUCCAUUAGAUUGGAAUGAGUCUGUAGACAUGCGACAAUACGACAAAUAUCAAGGUCCAAAAAAUUCAAUACGGUCAAGUCCUAAUGCAAUUAUGCAUGGAAUAUCUUGGGCGUCAUUAUUCGAUCCUGCAAUGACAGUUCCAAUUCGUCAAGGGAAAUUAUUUCCGUCUCUUUUACCUCCCUCCCUCAAAUUUCCAAAAUUUUUACGAUCGGUCAAACUAAAAAUAUGUGUAGAAGCAUUGUUUUUAAGUAGUUUUUAUAGAGAAGACUCAUUAUAUGAUCCACUCGAUGGUACAAUGAAUAUAGUUGGACUCAAAGCCAAAAUUGGGAAGUUUAAACAAGACAUUCUUCUUAAGAUGCAAGAAAAUACGAUUACUUUAGAAGGAAAAGAGGUUAAGAGCCGUGAUAUGAUUUUUCAUGAGGCGGAGACUGAUUUGAAAGAUUUAGAUGUUCGAGGCAUUGCAAUUCGAUUCAUGGAAGGAGUAUUUCCUCAUUUUGAUGGGGAUGAAACAUACCGAAAAGAAGAGCUGUUGGGAAAAGAUGAAGACUUUUUGAAAAUGAAUUUAGAGGAUAAACAAUGGGUUGACGACGAUGAUUAUGUUGAAUUGGAAUGUAAAUUACCCGAUGCAAAACCUGGUGUGAGAGUAUUACCAUUGUUAAGAAGUCCGCAAAUGAUGUAUUAUAAGAAGGCUGAUGUCCAAGAAACUGAGGAAGAAAAGAAAAAUGACCACGAGAAACAUGAGUGUCUUAUGGGACAAGGAAGAGACACGCGACAAAUCCAGUUGGAUUUUCUUGCAGAACGAUCAAAUCAACUUAGCCGAGACAUCAAACAACAAGCUAAAUUAUUAUCAGAAAUUGAAGAUAAGAUAAUUAAUAGCCCGAAUAGUCAAGAACUCCAAGACAUGUCUCAAUCUAUUCAAAAAGCCACUUCAACGCUUUCAAAAAAACGCAACAUUAUCCAAGAUUUUAUGAAGAAUUUGGAAGAGAGCAUUAGCAAUCCUGAAUCAAGAGAUUUCAAAGAUGUAAACCCUGAUGAUCCUGAUGACGGUGACAUUAAUGAAAUCCCUAAUUUUGAUUCAUCUUUGUGGGCAGAUUCACAAAGCAAUUUUGGUCAUCAUAUUGUUAUACAUAAUGCUAAGGCAUUAUGGAAUAAUUCUUUAAGGAAUUUAAUGUAUAGAUUAUGGGAUCUUAUCGAACAACAUCAAGGGCUUACAUAUUAUAUGUCCACGAGUGCUGUCACUUUUAUCAGAGACAUGCAGAAAAAUAUUCGCCAGAAAAUGGAAAGAGAAAUUUAUGAGCAAUCUUUACAUGAUGAUACCAUAUUAAACAGUGCAGAUAAUUACGAUUUUGAUUCACAUUUGGCUGCUGAAAUGUUAAGGAAACUUGUUGGAGAGAAAGACGCCAAUUUCAUUGUCCAAAACGAGACAAUACAUAAACAUAAUGAGAAUUAUACCGAAACUUCCAGAAAUGCUCAUGAUGAUAUCCCUGAAGGUUAUUCUUUAUUGAGUAAUUAUCUAAUUCAAUUUAUUAAUCUUCAGGUAAAUUUCCAGUGUGACAAAAAUCCAAGCUCUAGUAUUAUAAUGUUUUUGGAAAGAGCUCAGAUUAAAAUCUUCUCUAUUGUGGAAGAUUGGUCCAAAGGUGACAUUAUUAAUGAAGUAGUAAAAACAAGAAAUUUUUUCGGUUUGGAUCAUGUUCAGUUCUUUACCAGUUCAAAAAUAGAUUUCCGUACUAGUCUUUCAAAGAUUUUGUCCGAUAAUAAUUAUGGCUCUAAAGGUAAUGAAAAUUGGCCUGUUUGGAUUCCUCCUGAAGCAUUGAUUGAUCAUUCCAAAGAAAAUUUAUUGCCAUUUAAAAGAGUAAUUAAACGAACGUCAGCUAAGAUGCAAUAUGAUAAAUUCAAUAACUUGCGUAUCAAAGGCAGUGACAUUAAGAAAGAUGAUUCAGAGCCGAAAGCAGACCGACGAGAACUUGGUGAUUCCGAUGUAGACGAUUUUGACAAAAGAAUGGAUUCAUGGCACAUAGAUUUUCCUAAAAUCAAGUUAUCUGCCACUUCCAAACAAUUUAAUCUCAUAAUUGAUGUUAUUAAGGAUUUGCUUAUGUACCGUGAGCCAGCCAAAAAGGAGCUAGUGGAAAGAUUGAACACAAUCCUUCUCGCAGCUGAUUUGGACGAUCUUGAUGGAAUGGCGGAAAAAGUAUCGUCGUUACAAGAACAUAUCCGUCAACUGGAUGAAAUGCGACAUCAUUAUGAAAUACAAUUACCGGAUCUUAAUAAAGAUGAUAUUAAAGAACUUCGAGCGGUUGAAAUUGAAUUAAUAGGCUUCAAAGAACAAUUGUAUUUAUUAAUGGAGGCCAUCACGGUUUCACAAAAUAGAAAACAAAAGGCGGAAAGUAAAAUGGCUUUGAAGGUAGUGGUAAUUGUUGGUGAAGUCAAAUGGGUGAUGCGAGAUAGUAAUAGAAAAUUUUGUGAAUGGUGUCUGGAAAAUGCACGCUUCGGUUUGAUGACAAAGGAAGAAACCUCAGCAAAUACUCUAGAGAUCGAUCAUCUUCGCGUAAUUAAUAAACUCCCAUCACCUGUUUUUAAAGAAUUAGUUGGUCCAUAUAUCCCGGAUCAUCGUCAAAUAGAUUUUAGUCUUCAUAAAAUGCUACGAGUAUAUUGGGGACAGCUGGAACCUGUUGCUGGCAUCGAUAUCGUUGAACAUUUCGAAAUCGAUAUGUUUCCACUUAAAUUUCAAAUGCAGUAUGAUGUUGGUAAACUUAUAAUGAUGUAUUUCUUUCCUGAAAAGAAGGCAGAAUACGUUAAUCGCGAGAAGCUAGUCGAUCCUAAUGCGCCAGCGCCUCAUAAAAGGCCAACUGUGCUUGUAGAACAAACGACAAAAACGCCAAAAUCCAGAUUAGACGAUGAAAAUUCUGACGAAAUUAACUUUGAUGCUGAAAUUUUUUCGGAAGAUGAAAUGUUGAUUACUUCAGGAUCGACAACUCAGACCAAUAAACAGAACACAAAAAAACCAUCAUCACAAAAGACGGAUCAGUCGCAUGAAUUAGAGUUAAUGAAGAAAAGGGCAUCUCAAAAUAAACAAUUUAUCUACAUCAAAGUUCCAGGAGUAGUACACAGCUUCAGUUAUCAGGGGGCGAAAGAAAAAAAUUUAGAAGAUUUGUAUGACUUUGUUAUUCAAUUGCCUACAUUAGAAUACCAGAACAGGACAUGGUCAUGGUUGGAUUUUAUAGAGCAAUUGAAGAAAGAUGCUAUUAAAAUUAUUCUCAACCACACUACAGCAUUACUGAGAGAAAAAUUAAACCCUUAUCAAAAACGUAGACCCACAACACCUUCAGAAAUGAGCGUCCAUACUUUAGAUUCGACAACCUCUGCAACUACAGACCAACCAUCUUUGGUAGCUGAUAAUAUAAGUGAAAUUUCAAAUAAUGCAGAGGAACGGGAGGAAUUCUCGGACAAAGCAUCAUUUGUUAGCAAUGAGAGUGAAGAAAAACAUAAACCAAGUGAUAUAUCAUCAAAGUCAAAAGUACAUGAAAAAUCCGAUUCAUUGAGUAGGCAGCUCGCUUUAUCGAAUUUUCAUAUGCGUAAGGAAAGUAAUAGCACGGUUGUAUCUAAAAUGUCAUCAAGCACAAGUUCAACAACCAAAACACGCGCAGAUUCACCUACUAAUGAAAAUGAAGAAUUAGAAAAAGGGAAAUUAUUGUUGGGUAAAUUCUUUGACGACACUAGAUCCAAUAUUCUUUAA